AUGAAAACGGAAUGGAAAUCCAUUGCUCCGAGAACCAGGCUGCGAGCAGUUGUGGUGGACCCAGAGGUUGUGUUUGUGGCUAACCUGAUGAAGGCAGAUGCUCCUGCGCUGGUAGCCUCAUUCCAGUGUGAUUUUAGCCUCCUGUCUGAAGACACUGGACAGGCCAUGAAGGCCAACGUCAGAAGCCUCAAAGUGCUCGCCUGCCCCUUUAUCAGGACGGAGGGUGACAAAGCUGAGACCACCGUGCUGAGACCAUGCUCUGUUGAACUUGAGACCAAAAUGCCAACCAAUGCCCCAUUAACUGGUUCAGUAACUGUAGAGGAGGUCAUAGUGAAAAUCUCUCCUAUCAUUCUUAACACUGUCAUUACCAUCACUGCGGCCAUGGCACCCAGACCUAAAGAAGAGCCGUCACAGCAGACGUCAGAUGACCUAAACAGCCUCUGGUCUUUGAUGAAUGUCGCUAAUGCAAACUACUGGUUCCUUGGUGUGGAUACAGCCUCCGAGGUCACUGAGAGCUUCAAGGAUGUGGACAGCAGUAAGGAUGGAGAGAGUUUUGAGAUGAACGUGAAGGUGGUGCAGGUCACGCUGGAGUCAGGUUUGGGGCAUCGGACUGUUCCCCUGCUGCUUGCGGAGUCGUCAUUCACCGGUACUGCUCAGAACUGGUCGUCGUUGCUCAGUGUCUCUGCAGAUAUGACACUUGAGGUGAAUUACUUCAAUGAGACUCAUGCCAUUUGGGAGCCACUUCUUGAGAGAGUGGACAAUGGGAGACGAAGGUGGAACCUUAAAUUGGAUAUGAAGAAUAACCCUGUUCGGGAUAAAAGUCCAGUUCCUGGGGAUGAUUUCAUUAUGUUGCCAGACCCUCGCACAGCCAUCACCAUAUGCUCCAAAGACACCAUGAACAUCACAGUGUCCAAGUGCUGCCUCAGUGUCUUCAACAACCUGGCUAAGGCUUUCUCAGAGAGCACAGCCUCCACGUUUGACCAUUCUCUGAAGGAGAAAUCGCCGUACACCAUCCGCAAUGCAUUGGGCAUUCCACUCAUUGUUCAGCACAGUGCAAACCUGCGUUUGACUGGCUCAUCCGCACCGGGUAAACUGCACGAAUUGGCCGUGGAUAAAAGUGUGGAUUUACAACAUACAUCCUUUGAGCGUUCAUCACGACUGUCUGCCCUGCAAAGGCAGGAAAGCUGCUUAUUCAAUCUCAGCAUAGUUCCCUCAGGUUACAGUGAGAUUUCAAAUAUCCCUUUGGGUAAGCCUGGCCGUAGACUGUAUAAUAUCAGAGGACCCAUGCAACAGGAUGCUGUGUCUGUACUGCUUCAGAUCGAUGCCAGUGAGGGCAACAAGGUCAUCACAGUACGGUCCCCCCUACAG